GCGGGCGGAGAGGGCAGGGAGCUGGGAUUUCGCGGGGCACAGUGAGGCCGGGCAUGUAGGCAGGUGGGACUUGAGCGUGCCCUGCUGUCUCCUGCUCCGUGUUUGUGUGAGGCAGCGCCUCCUCUGCCCUGCCAGGGACAAUGGCGUCUCUUGGCCACAUCUUGGUUUUCUGUGUGGGUCUCCUCACCAUGGCCAAGGCAGAAAGUCCAAAGGAACACGACCCGUUCACUUAUGACUACCAGUCCCUGCAGAUCGGAGGCCUAGUCAUCGCCGGGAUCCUCUUCAUCCUGGGCAUCCUCAUCGUGCUGAGCAGAAGAUGCCGGUGCAAGUUCAACCAGCAGCAGAGGACUGGGGAACCCGAUGAAGAGGAGGGAACUUUCCGCAGCUCCAUCCGCCGUCUGUCCACCCGCAGGCGGUAGAAAUUGCGCGAUGGAAUCCGGCCAGGACUCCCCUGGCAACUGACGUCUGCCACGCUCCACCUGCGCGCCCACCGCCCCCUCCGCCGCCCCUUCCCCAGCCCUGCCCCCGCAGACUACCCCUGCCGCCCAGACUUCCAAUAAAACGCGCUUUCCUCUCGA